UAUUUUUGAAUAUAUGAGAAUUUUUAAUAAAAAUUUUUUUUAUUGGCAAUUUUAUAAGAAUUUUCAACUUUGUUUUCCAAGGUUCUAACAAAAAAAAUCUAUGGGGAAUCUAAAAUAAUUAUUAUUUGCCACGGAAAUUUUUAUUUUUUGAUCUUUUAACAGAAAAAAAAAUUUGACCUCACACAGAAUCUCCUUGAGUAAAUUAUCAUAUGUCGCCAGAAAAAAUAACAAAAAAAGGAAACAUAUGUCAGUUAACUUAGAUAUUUAUAUAAUAUGCUAAUUUAUUGAUCUAUUGAUCCAUUAUUUAACACCAACUGUUUCAUGACUAAAAAUGCAUCAUUAUUAUUAAAAAUAUAUAUUACAACCAUAAUUAUAAUUCACAUCUGACAUCUUUAGUCUCAAUUCGAUCCUUCAAUCGACAGUUUAAAUUUUCAACUUGAGCGGAGUUUUAAUUUUAAAAAUGUUUCAUUUUAUUUUUUAUCUUUUUAUUAUUUUAGUACUCACAAUUCAAAUGUCCUUCGGAUUUUUUGGAUACUCGCGACGUCAGCAACAUAAUUGGCCAAGAGAAUUUAAAGAUUGCGGGGGUAAAUAUCAAUCACCGAUUGAAUUGUCGCCAUCAAAAUCAAUUAUUUUGCCAUUACCAUCAUUAGAAUUACUGGGUUAUCAUAAUUAUCUGCCACGUUUAACAAUAGCAAAUAACGGGCAUUCUGUGGCAUUGGAGGUUGACAAUAAUAAUUUAAAAUUAAAUAGAAAACUCCCUUAUAUUUUUGGUGCAACGUUAGAGGAUAAUGAAGGAUACGAAUUUAGUGGUUUGCAUUUUCAUUGGGGAUUAAAAAAUAACCACGGAUCUGAACAUGUUGUCAAUGGUAUCAGGUAUCCUAUGGAAAUGCAUAUAAUUCACAAAAAUAAAUUGUAUCUUGAUAUUAAAGAAGCUCAGAAACACAAAAAUGGUCUCGUGGUCCUAGGGAUAUUUUUUCAGCUGCGAGAUGAAGAUAAUAAUAAUUUGAACCCUAUAUUAAAAAAUUUCCAACCAUUAAAAUGGGUCGACAGUUCUCUAAAAAUGAAUUUAUCAAUAACUUUAAAGUCAUUACUACCCUCAGAUAUUGAUACUUACUAUACAUACAGAGGGUCACUUACGACUCCACCAUGCAGUGAAGCUGUCACGUGGAUUAUUUUUACCAAUCCCAUCCCCAUUUCUUUCAAGCAAUUAAAUAAAUUUAGGUCUCUUUCCAAUGGCGAAGAUAUUCUUGGUGAUAAUUUUAGAAAAUUACAAGAUUUGGGUAAACGAAAACUUUAUUUAAGAAAAUUAAAUGAUGACUUUGCUAAUAAAUAUGACUCUGGUAAUUUUAAUAUCAGUAACUUAGAGUGGAUUUGGGAAUAAAUAAAAAAAAAAAAAUUGAACGAGAAAACAGGGGUAGAUAUGAUCGUGAAGACAGCAGGCAAUUAAAAAUGUUUAAGUUUUUUUUUCCAACCAAUUAAUUACAAAAAAAAAAAAUCUAAAAAUAUGCACAUGUACAAAAUUAAAAAAAAAUAUAGGUGCAAUUUUUUUGAAAUUUUUUUUUUUUAUAAUUUAUUGUUUUUAAAAAAAUUCAACAAUUUUUUGACGUCUGCUAAAUUCAGUAUCAUAGUUAGAAGACAAUCAAAAAUUUUUGGAUUUUCUUUUUCCACGAAUUAAUGACAAAAAAAAAAAAAUUAAAAAUAUGCACAUGUCGGAAAUUGAAAAAACAAUAGGUGCAAUUUUUUGAAAUAUUUUUUUUUAAUAAUAUAUCGGCUUAAAAAAAAAUCCAAAAAUUGUUAGACGUCAUAUAACUUAAGUAUCAUGAUGAGGAUUCGAACCAUGGACAAGGUUUAGAGUUGGGAAUUUUAAGUUUUAAAUUGAAUGUAAUAAAUAACUAUUUAAAUCGUUUAUUAAUAAGUAAACAAUGUAAUUAUAAUAAUUUGUUAAUUUUUUUGUAGAUAUUAAUAAUAAUAUUUAGUUACAAAACA